ACCAUUUUAUACGCGAGCCAACGUGCCACCGACUCAGUGCAAGGCAUGCGAUUAACAUGGUCACACAAACGGUACUGUCGUCAACGUGCGCAGCAUUCGACGACAAAUCCGUUAGAGGCGACUACUACUUUGACACGUGUGUUCCGCACAAGACAAAUGAACGGCAUGCGUGCUUUGAUGGCGCUGAUUUUAACGAUAACUGCCAACUCGGUGCCGUCGUGGACGUGCCCUUCGGACUGUAUCUGUUUAUCGCACACGCAAAUCCUCUGCAACUCCGGGCACCUGACGUUCGUGCCGCUACGCGACCUACCUAAGACCGUCGAACAUUUGUCGUUGACCAAAAAUAAUCUAACAUACUUGCCCACCGAUGCUUUUACCGGUCUCCGACACCUACGAAAGCUGACGUUGGAUACUAAUCGCAUACGCCGGUUGGAUCGGUUCGCGUUUCGCGGGCUCAGUCGGCUCCGGGAAUUAUCUAUUCAGCACACGCCACUUGAGUCGCUCGAUAAGUUUUCGCUCGCCGGUCUUCAGAACGUAACGGCCAUUCUGUUGGGGUACAAUCAGAUAAAAGUCAUACACGAGUUCGCGUUUGCCGGCUCGGCCAAUAUUAGGCUCAUACUGCUCAACAACAAUCCAUUGCACACGGUGUCUGCUAAUGCAUUUUCUGGUCUAACAAACGUUGAACAUCUCAUCAUGCCGUCGGGUAUCCAACAACUGCAGCCGGAUUCGUUCAAUGGGCUGGACUCGGUGGGCCUUCUGAAGCUGUCAUUCAUGGACUUGGCAUCUCUGAAGUCGCAUACGUUCCGCGGUCUUAGCCAUGUGCAUGUGUUGUCCAUCCAAGACUCGGACCUGGGCGUAAUUCGGGCUGAUGCGUUCUCGGGCUUAGCGCACGUUGGUAGUCUCAAUCUGUUGAACAAUAAGAUCGAUGCGAUGCAGAGCUUGACCGUAACACGGGACAAUCACAUUCGACACUUCCGGUUCAACGGCAAUCACGUGCUCGACAGUCCACGACGAGGCACGUUCGUAGGCCUUGCUUCCGUCGCUUCCGAAGGGUUUACUAUAAUCGGAAACCAUUUCCCGUGCGACUGUCACCUAUUCCGGUUUUUAGAUGGCCACCCGUUUGGCAAUUGGUCCCGAGAUCUUUUUACCGGCAAAAAUUAUUGCAUUUCGCCACUGGAGCUAAACGGACAGCCCAUCGCCGUCGUCGAUCCUAUGGUCAUUGACAAGUGCUUGCAAACGUCAGUAGCUGCCCCUCCAAGGACCAAUGCCGACGUUACCACGACUGCGGUCUUGAUUGCAGCGGUAAUCUUCGCGUCGAACGGUUUGUUUUUGCACGACUUAGCAGUAUGAUUCUUUUGCAUGAGGGGGACCGUCCAAAAUCAUCGUCAGUUGUUAUAUUUAUAAAUUGUCCAUCGAAUACUAUUAAAAUAUUUAAUUUAUUUAAUACCAUUAUAAAUAUUGCUAUAACAUAGACGUAUGGAUGUAUGUCAUGUGGAAACUGAUAAAGCAAAAAAUCAUUUUAAAUAUUAUAAUACUAUGUAUUUAAUUAUCAAACAAUCCUCAAGAGUUAUUGCGAACACCAUUUGACGUAAUAGUGGUUUCGAGUGAACUUUAAUUGAUACAUUUAUAGGUAGGUAAUGUUUUUUCUCAUAAAUGCUAUUAUAAUAUUUCAACGUGUAAAUAAUAAUGAUAUAUUGCAGUUACGUAUUUAUUUGAUUGAAUGUUUAGGACAAAUGUAUUUUCGUCACAUAUCAGUUACAUAUCCUUAAAGAAAUUUUUUUUCUACAAAUAUAAAAAUAACUUACGGACUUUGAUACUAAGUACAUUUUAAUUAUAUCUUCAACAUUUUGCUAGCUAUGUAUUAAAACAUUAUUAUUUUCAUAUUUUUCAAAUUAAUUUCUAACUGAAAUAUAUUUUUGAUUAUGAAAAUAUUACUCAUUAUGUCUUAAUUAAACAUCGUGUAAACCAAUAUUAUGCUUUCCAUGAAAAGUUAAAUAUUUGAAGUCUAUAAAUUAUAAUUAAAUAGAUUGUAUUUUACUUUUUUUUAAUUAUUUUUCUCAUUACUGGUCAAAAGGUAAAGUUAGAUAAUAGAUGUAUCAUUAUUUAUGUUUUCACGAAAAAUGUUAAAUCGUUAUUAUUUAUUAAGUAGUAUCAUUUCGUUAUUUUUUAAUGAAAAUGUUGUAAAACAAAAAUAAUUCUUUUUUGUAGUUUAUUUCAAUUAAUGAGUCGGAAUUAAAACGACGAUGAAGAUAUAAAACGUAUAUUAAUUACCGAUUAUACUCUAAUUUUCGUGAUCUACCAUGCGUCCUUAAUCGUUAUAAUAUAUUAUUAUUAUUUUAGCAUACAACUUAAUACUUAUAUUAUAGCAUUAUUACAUUUAUAUAAUAAAAUAAAGUAUUAUACUGUUAUUUAUUAUUAUGUAUAUAAAAAUUAAAAUGUUAUGUUAUUAUCUUAAUUUUCAGUUUGUAAUAUCGAAUCCAAUGUACUUGUUUAAUUUAUAUUAUAGUAACAUAUUAUAUUAUAUAAAAAAAACCACAUUAUUAUAAUAAGUUAACGAAAUAUGUAUAUACUUAAUAUAUA